GGGGCGGAGGCGGAGGCGGAGCUGGCUUUCUGCCGGCUCCAAGAUGGUGGGGGCGCUGUUGCGGCGGGUGGCCGCGGUGCGCGGGGCGUUGUGGGGCGGCCGCAGGAAUCAGGAGGCCGAGGUCGAGACCGAAGUCAAGAACGCGGAGCCCGCCUUGGCCUGUCCGCCGCCGCGCAGCAGGCGGUACGUUCCCCCCAAGAAUCUGUCCCAUCUCCUGAAGGCCCACGUCCAGGCCCUGGUGGGGCCUGCACUGGCUGCGGACUGGCAGCAAACCCCGCUCAGGGAACUUGGGCUCAGGUACCACCUCCUAGCGCAGCUGGCUGCCGAGUUGGGCCACACCGUCCCCAACUCACAGCUCCACCAGAUGCGCACGGCUCAGGACGUCUUGGACUUCUACAGCACUCCCGUCAAGGAUGCAUCGAAAUUCGAUGAGCUGUGCGCAGCGAAGCUGCCGCCGAACCUCAAGAUCACUUGGGAGUACUGAGCCCUGCCAGUAGGGAGCGGGGCUGGCUGGCCUGACCUCAGGGGAGACUGGUGUGGCAGGGGCAACACAGUGAUGAUUUUGACAUAUGAUGGCUCCAUCAGAAGUUGGCUUUUAUGACUUAAUUUUUCAAGGGUGCUGCCUUUUUGUUAUGCAACAUCUUAUUAUAAUAAAACUACUAACAGGAGGGACUAACCUCUGCAUUUUCUUUCCUUGUGUCCCCAUAAAUUUAAUUUAGCAGGAUCCACGUUGCAUAAUGGCUCUGCACUCCUCACAGUCAGCUGAGGCAAGGUCCAAUAUGCUCCUUGUUAGUGAGGGCAGUGUUUGUGCCGGUUACAUAAUUUUAAUCACUUGCACCACAGCCAGUGGAUGCUGGAAGUGGGGUAAGGAAAGUCUUAUUCAACCCUCUUCGUGGCCUUCUCUGGAUGGGGAUGCAGGUGUGUGUGCUGCCAGGAUUAAUAAAUUUUGAAGUGGCUGUACUAUCUUUGAAAUGUAGUUAGGUUGCCCCUAAGAACAGGUUUGUGGGUAAUACAAGACACUGAAUUUUGCUGGCUACUGUAUAGUCAAUUCCAACAACCAUGGCCAAAGUGAACACUUUUUACAGUAUUACUAAGACUUUCAGGUUAACAAUCUUAUUAAACAUCCAAGAAAGAGCCUCCCUCACAUGCAGCUAUAUUUGCUGGUUCCUGGAGUGGUUGCUUAAUAUGAUUGUCACUCAGUUCAAUAGGAAGUGGGUCUCCUCAUUCAUCUUGUAGGUGUAAAGGGUAGGUAGUGAUAGUCUAUGCUUUUUGUACCCCAUCAAAAAGAUGCAUAAAAGGACAAAUAGUGUGUAAUAAAAUGAAAAAUAAAAGUCAGUGGUGAAAUAUUAA